CGCAGAGGCAGAGCAAGAGCUGUGCCGCGCAUAGCCAUGGUGGUCUCCAAAGCGAGCGACUCUGCUUCCAAAAUCAGACCAAGCGAUGGUCUUGGAAACUUGGUGCAGAAGAUGAAUCAUCUGAAGAAGCAAAUUCAAGCAGAGAGAAUCGUUUCAAUAAGAGAAAAACUUGAGAAGAAUGGGAAGAAACUGGAAACUCACAUUUUGCAGAUUCUAUCACCAACAUCUACAAAACAUACUUCAAAUGGGGAAGAAAAUGGAAGUGGGAAAAUGCUCCCUUGGAGAAUUGAACACCCUCUUUGUAAAUUUAGUGGGUGUGCUCAGGGGUUUGGAGAUAAAGACCCUGUUAGUUGCCAUGACAUUGCACCUCCAGCAAGUACCAAGUUGACUUAUGUUGAGAGGUUACCGCCUUAUACGACAUGGAUAUUCUUGGACAGGAAUCAGAGAAUGGCUGAUGACCAGUCAGUGGUUGGGAGGAGACGAAUUUACUAUGAUCAGCAUGGUAGUGAAGCGCUGAUAUGCAGCGACAGUGAAGAAGAGAUGCCAGAACGCGAGGAAGAGAAACGUGAAUUUACUAAGGGUGAAGAUCGGAUUUUGAGGACGGUCUUUCGCGAGCAUGGGUUAGGUGAGGAUGUUGUGAAAACUGUGAGCAAUUUUAUUGGAGCCACCACUUUGGAAAUUCAGGAACGGUACAACACAGUCAAAGAACAGGGUGAACAGAAAGACGACCCAAAUGAUUCUGGAGAAUCUGAACCUGAAAAGGGCAUUUCGCUGGACAAGAGUCUUACAGCUGCUUUAGAUUCUUUUGAUAAUCUUUUCUGUCGGCGUUGUAUGUUAUUUGACUGCCGUCUGCAUGGCUGUUCCCAACCCGUUGCUUACCCUAGUGAAAAGCAAUUGUAUUGGUCCGAACAUGAGGAUAGGAAGCCUUGCAGUGAUCAAUGUUACCUUGCGUUGACUAGUGUCAAAAACUUGCAAGACCCAAAUACUGAUAAUGUACUAAGAUUGGCCUCAUCUAGUGCUGGAGAGCCUGGUGGAGAUGGUUCUAAAGACAUCACAAGUGACGAAAGCUGUGUUCCUCAAACAACUAUCGGUGUUAAGUUGGACACAAUUUAUAAUUUUGAAGUUGCUGCAGAUGCUCUGAACGAGGAUGAAUCUGUCAUAUACCAUGAGAGCAUAGGGAAACGGAAGGUCAUGAAGCAUUCAGAUGCACCGCCACAAGACCUAGAAAAGAUUUCCAAUGAGGCCCAGGGUUCAAGUAAAAAACUGAAAAGAUUAGCUGCUUUGGAUGUAGAAACUGGUGUUUCUGAGCAUGUUAAAGUGAAGGAUCUUAAUUUUAAUGUCAAUACUAUACACGAAGAUGUUAGUUCACAUAGUGAGAACGAACUUCAGAUAAUCACCAAAAACUCUGGACGUGCUUCCGCUGAUGAACCAGUGGACAAUGUCGCAAAAGAACCAGAAGGCAUCAUGGAAGUACUUGAAUUGAAGCAGUCAUUUGAUUCCAAAGGACAAGUUGAAUUGUCCAGCAACUCUGAGUGGAAACAAAUGGAGAAAGAAUUAUACAUGAAAGGAUUGGAGAUAUUUGGGAGAAACAGUUGUCUUAUAGCCAGAAACUUACUUUCUGGCUUGAAGACUUGCUUGGAGGUGUCCAGGUACAUGCAUGAGGGUGGAGUUUCAAUGCCUUACAGAUCUAACGUUGGGUCAAGUUCAUUUCUGGACGAAAAUGGGAAAACUGACACAGACUGUACAGACCAAGAGAUGCCAACAAAGUCACGGUUGAUUCGUAGAAGAGGCAAAGCACGGAAGCUUAAAUAUUCCACAAAAUCUCCUGGUCACCCAUCAAUUUGGAAAAGAAUUGCUGACGGUAAAAACCAGUCCUGUAAGCAAUACACACCCUGUGCUUGCAAAUCUAUGUGUGGGAAGCAGUGCUCUUGUCUCAAUAAUGGAACUUGCUGUGAAAAAUACUGCGGGUGCUCAAAGAGCUGCAAAAAUCGGUUUAGGGGGUGUCAUUGCGCGAAGAGUCAAUGCAGAAGUCGCCAGUGCCCAUGCUUUGCUGCUGGACGUGAAUGUGACCCAGAUGUUUGUCGGAAUUGUUGGGUUAGUUGUGGGGAUGGCUCACUGGAGGAGCCACCCAGACAAGGAGACGGCCAAUGUGGAAACAUGAGGCUCCUUCUGAGGCAACAACAGAGGAUUCUUUUGGCAAAGUCUGAUGUUGCUGGAUGGGGAGCGUUUAUAAAGAACUCUGUCAACAAAAAUGAUUACCUUGGAGAAUAUACUGGCGAACUUAUUUCCCAUCGAGAAGCUGAUAAGCGUGGGAAGAUUUAUGAUCGUGCAAACUCAUCGUUCCUUUUUGACCUGAAUGAUCAGUAUGUCCUAGAUGCUUAUCGGAAAGGAGACAAGCUAAAAUUUGCAAACCAUUCAUCAAAUCCAAACUGCUACGCUAAGGUCAUGUUGGUGGCAGGAGAUCAUCGGGUAGGCAUUUUUGCAAAAGAGCAUAUUGAAGCUAGUGAGGAGCUCUUCUACGACUAUCGUUAUGGGCCGGAUCAAGCUCCUGCAUGGGCACGAAAACCGGAGGGCUCUAAGAGGGACGAUCCGUCAACCUCUCAAGGCAGAGCAAAGAAACACCAAUCUCAUUGAUGGUAAAUAUGAUUAUGCUGUAUAUAACUUUCUGGAGGUUUCCCUCGAGGACGAUUUCUCGGAAAGGAAGCUUGUAAGAACUAAGAAGGAAGUCAUACCUGCCUUAUACAUGUUAAUAUGCCUACACAUUUCCUAUACCCUAGUUUCUAGUAGAGUAUGCUCAAGACUUCUAUUUAAGCGAAUUGACAAUAAGGAGGAAGACUUAAAUUACUACAUGAGCAAUAAGCUAGAAAAUUCUUCUGGCACUCUUUCCAAUUACAGUUCAUCAAUGGGAAGUUACUGUAGUUGCAGAGUUGUUAACUGUCUUUAUGAUUGUAAGGGAAAUUGCUCUGUACCAAAAUGACAUUUUUUUUUUAUACCAUUUUUUCCCUUUUCAAUCGUCAUAAAAUGAAUCAACUA